CAACGCAUCCACUAUUCACUUAUGAAAGUCAGCCGUCCAAUCAUUCUUCUGUUUCUUUCACUGGUCUCGUAUGCGGCGGAUGUUGAGCGGAAAGACUUCUUGCCAUUGAGUCUUGAGUCCGACGCUUUUUUCGAGCAAUUUAACGAGACAUGGGCUUCAAGGUGGAAACCUUCUCACAGCAAGCGCGAUGAAAAUUUUGUGUAUCGAGGCGAAUGGGAUGUUGAAGAGCCAACUGUGAAUCCUGGAUUGAAAGGCGACAAGGGUCUUGUUGCGAAGACAGAGGCCGCCCAUCAUGCUAUCAGUGCAAGAUUGCCUACUCCUUUCGACAACACCAACAACACCUUGGUGUUGCAAUACGAGGUCAAGUUGCAAAAAGGACUUGAAUGCGGUGGUGCAUAUAUCAAGUUGCUGAGCCAGGAAGGUGGAGUUAGUGACUCGGUUGAGUUUAGCAACGACACUCCAUACCAGGUCAUGUUUGGUCCUGACAAAUGUGGAAUAAAAAACCCUAAAACAGGUGAAUACGAGGAAAAACAUCUCAAAGUGCCUCCAAUGGCAAGGAUCGUGAAAACAUCUACACUUUACACGUUGAUAAUUAAGCCUAACCAAGACUUUGAGAUCAGAAUCAACGGCGAAGUUGCAAAAGCAGGCUCACUGUUGGAUUCCAGAUACUUCGAUCUGACUCCUCCAAAGGAAAUCGACGAUCCUAACGACGAGAAGCCAGCUGACUGGGUUGACGACGAGCUGAUCCCAGACCCUAAUGCUGUCAAGCCGGAAGAUUGGGAUGAAGACGCUCCAUAUUUGAUCCCAGAUCCAAACGCAGUUAAGCCGGAGGACUGGGAUGAAGAUGCUGAAGCAUACAUUCCUGAUCCAGAUGCAGUCAAACCUGAGUACUGGGACGAGGAAGAGGACGGAGAAUGGAUUGCUCCGAAAAUCCCAAACCCAGCUUGUGAACAGCACGGCUGUGGACCAUGGUCUGCGCCAAAAAUCAGGAACCCAGAUUACAAAGGCAAAUGGACCCCAGAAUUGAUUGAGAACCCAGAUUACAAGGGGCCAUGGUCUCCAAGAAAGAUUCCUAACCCGGAAUACUAUGAGGACCCAACUCCCUCGAAUCUCGAGCCUAUCGGUGCGUUGGGAUUUGAGCUUUGGACUAUGACUGACUCCAUUAUGUUUGACAACAUAUAUCUUGGCCAUUCCAUCGAGGAAGCAGAGUACAUUGGUAACAACACAUUCCUUCCAAAGGUCGAGAUUGAAGAACAGAUAGCUGCUGCCAACGCUCCUCAAGCCAAGUAUGAUGCUGAAGAGCCUGAAAAACAGAUUGAAGAGCAAUCUUUGGUCUCGGACCUGUUGGAUAAGUCGGUGGAUAGAGUUUUGAAAGUUUAUGCUUCUGGAAAAGCAUAUUGGGCCGACUUCUUGGACGACCCAACCAAAACUCUUCUGAACCGCCCUGGUGAGGCAUUUUUCUUUGCUUCCGUGAUUGUUGGCACUAUUACCACGACUUUUGCUAUUUCUGCUACCAUUGUCAGUAUAUUUGCUACUUUGUUUGCUCCAUCCACUCCUCAGCCAGUCAAAAGAAGCGAGGCUAAAGAGCGGAUCGAGUCUGUGAAAGAGAAGGCUACCGCAUCCGAUUCGAAGGUCAAUGAGACAGAAGCUGUCAAGAGAGGAUAGUGGUCUCUAGUCUAUAAAACUAAUUUUUAAUGAAAGGUCUUCCGAUUUCUGUAAAGUGUUGGUGUAGCCUCAUAGAGUUUUUGACUGUUGGCCACCACCAAUUGACCUUUUGGCAUUUGACGCAUUUGCCUUUAACAGGAGUGAGCGGAGGCACGGUGUGGGAGAGCGGCUCAGAAAUAAGAUCUUUAGUCAUCUCUUCUGCCCAGCAUUGGACAUGAUACAGAGCGUGGCAGCUUUUGCUAGCACAAAAACCUAACACGUCCUCAAACUGAUCCACUACUCUAUUGCAGACGCAACAUAUGCGAGUGUUAUUUUGCUCCAAUUUUUCCAAAGAGAUUUCAAAAUAGUCAUCUUCAUCCUUCUCCAAGGAUUUUACAAAUGCCUUCAUUUGUUCGUAAUUUCCACCUUGUAUUAAUUUUUGUUGAUUUUCCUCAAAAUCAAGCUUCAAAAGGACAGACUCCGAGACUGAAACGUUGUAGCGAUUGACGACCCAAAUGUCAUAUAUGUCCUUUUGAAAAAUUGCAACUCGAAGUCCCAUGCGUCUAAAGGCGUGCGCGCUCAGUAAAAGCUUGAGAUUGGCUAUUUUUAUAUGCACACUGUUGCCACUAUUUCUCGUUCCUAUACGAUUCUUGACCGGAAUAUGUCGAGUCCGGUAGGCAUGGUGCCACGCGUACUCAAACUGUAAUGCUGAAAUUUUCGAUGGAAACCCAUACACAACCAUAGUCAUUUGCCAUGGUCUUAAUUUGUUUUUCUUCGUUCUGUCUGCUCCACCAAAGGCCAGAUCCCC